AUAAAAAACAAAUGAAACGCGCGUUGUGUUUGUGACGUUAAUGAAAUUCUUUAAGAAUUAGUAUAAUGUAGUAGAAAGAAAUCUAACACCGAUUUAACACUAUUAUGAUAUUUGAUAUCAUCUGGGUAAUUUAAACAACACACUGUUGUUAUGAAGUCAAAGUUGUCUUAUAAAAUUAUUUGAUAAAAACGUGGCAGUGUCAGCAAACAAGGGAAAAUUUUAAAGCUUUUUUAAAACUUUAAUCAUAUUGUUGUUACGCUAUUCGUUCUAUAAAAUGGUAAAACUAAUCGCCAUCAAUUAAGCAACAAGUGAACAUCAAAAAAAUAUAGUUAUACCUACUUCCAAAUUUUGUGCGUAGCGCGUAAGGUUCGUUUUGUGUAAAAAUUGAUUUUUCAUUUUCAAUAAACGCGUAUAUAAAAUACAAAUUGCUUUAAACAAAUUAUACCAUUUUUAAAUAUUCAUAAUUAAUUGCUUUCGUUUUUAAUAAAGUAAUUAAAAGUAGAAUGAGUAUUGACGCACUCAGCAAUGAGUGGGACGAGCUUGGCAAGGAGUUCGUGGAGCUUGAGAACUGCAAUCGUAAAUAUAUUGAGUUAUUGGAACAAUUAUAUAGUCAUCAACAGAAAUGCUUUAAUGAAAUUAAACAUCAACGUUAUCGAAUAAACCAAAUAAAUGCAUCUUUGAAACAAUUCAAAAAACCUGAAGAAAAAGAAAAAGUUUCCGAACUUCAAAAAAAUACAUUAAAGAGGAAAGCUCAGCUAUAUGAAAUAGAGCAAUCUCUUCCUGCAAAAUCUGGACUUUAUUUAAGAAUUAUUCUUGGUGAUGUUAAUGUAUCUAUUCUAAACAGAAAUGACAAAGUACGCUAUAAAGAUGACUACGAAAAGUUUAAACUAAUACUCAACGUAAUAGGACUGUUGAUGGCAUUCCUUAAUUUAAUAUUUAACUACAGGGCACUUGAGUUGGCAUAUAUUUUCCUUUUGGUAUGGUAUUAUUGUACUUUGACUAUAAGAGAAUCAAUUUUAAAAGUAAAUGGAUCAAGAAUAAAAGGUUGGUGGCGAGCGCAUCAUUUCAUUUCUACAGUAGCGGCAGGUGUUUUACUUGUUUGGCCACAAGGAGAACAUUGGCAAUUGUUCCGCACACAAUUUAUGUACUUCAACGCAUAUAUUAGCAUGGUUCAGUAUUUACAAUUCGGUUACCAGAAAGGUCUAUUGUAUCGUUUGAAGGCAUUGGGAGAACGGCACAAUAUGGACAUUACCAUAGAAGGAUUUCAUUCAUGGAUGUGGCGUGGUUUAAGUUUUCUUAUACCAUUUCUUUUCCUUGGUUAUGCUUUCCAAGCUUACAAUGCAUACACUCUAUAUAAGUUAUCUAAAGAACCAAUUGAUGCACCGUGGCAUGUUUCUGUUAUGUGUGGCCUCUUUUUGUUGCUUUUCACUGGAAAUAUAAUGACUACCUUAUUAGUCGUGCCUCAAAAAAUACGUGAACGUGCAAAAGAACGUUACCGCCUACAAAGCAUGGGAAAAUCAAUGAAACUUCGUAAAAUGAUGAGGAAUAGUAUGAGUGAAAAUGAUAUUAAAACUCAAAAUGCCAGGACUGAUAAAAAUAAUGAAAUUGCCAGUUCAGAAAUGGAUUCAAAAGCCAAUGAUACUGAAUGUGACAACAAAAAGAUUGACUAAUUACUCACACAAGAUAAAAAGUUAUGUUACAUAUAAAUUUUUUUCAUUUAAUAUAUGCACCUAUUUAAGUUCACAAUUUUCUAUAUAUAU